AUGCACAUACAGAGGGAAGCAUCGGCCGAGUCGAACGACGAGACGGGUCAGUCCGGCCUCGACGAGGACGACAAUGCGAGUCUAGCCGCGUUCGGAGCUAUUAGCAAGGCCGCGUCGUCGCUGCCGGCCUCGGGGCGCACACCACUUUCGACGCGCGAGUCGUUUGAGGCGCCAGGGGUUCCCGGCGCGCGGGUCACGCGGCGGACCAACGGCACCCACGCCGCAUCGCCCCAGCUCAACAACACCUCAAAGACCAUGGUUGAGGAUUCCAUCGACAGUGAAGGAUCGGCAGGACGUAAGUUCCACGGGACGACUCGGGUUGGAGCCGUUGCUUCUGCGGUCCGGUGAUUGUCCCCAACGCUUUGGGGCCGUCUCCUUUCCCAUUCGUAGACGGCUGGGCGAUGUGUGCUGCACGUUGUUGACCAACCCAACUGUCAUCGGUCUGAAUUGCCUUCUUGUCGCGCAGACGAUGGUGAUAUCUCGUCCGCACCGACUGCCAACCCCGUGCGAAGCUCGGGACAGCACCACUUCUACCGCGCCCCGAUCGUCUCGCAACUGCAGCAGCACACCUCGCAUGCGUCGACCUCGACCGACUCAGCCCCUCCUUCACCACCGAAUGGCUCACCCCGACCUGUGCAACCCUCGCGCCACCCUGGGCAUUCGGGGUCGAACGAGCCACCGACGUGGGCCGCGGCCCCACAAGGGUUCCUGAGCAACAUGAGCGCUCAAGACAUCCAGGUUGGUCCGAUGAACGUCGCAACACUGAUUAUAGCUCUAGGUGACUGAUUCGGGUUUUGAGCGCAACAGCAACAUAUCCAAGCCGCGAUCGACGGGCAGGACGGUCGCGCCUACUCGAUCAAUCCACCCCCUCAAGACAGGCCGGUGCGCAUCUACGCCGAUGGUGUAUACGACCUUCUGCAUUGUGAGUCGGGAUCAUAGUCUUCCUUACACUCGAUGCAAGUAGCUCAUGGUCGCGUUCAAUGAAUAGACGGGCACAUGCUCCAAUUGCGGCAGUGCAAGCUCGCUUUUCCUUCGGUCCAUUUGCUCGUCGGUGUCUGCUCGGACGAGAUGGUGCGCAAGUAUAAGGCUUCGCCGGUUCUUUCGUCGCAAGAGCGUUACGAGUCGGUGCGACAUUGCAAGUGGGUUGACGAGGUCGUUGAGGAUGCGCCUUGGGUCAUCGACGAGGCGUUUAUGAAGAAGCACGAGAUCGACUUUGUCGCUCACGACGAGGAGCCCUACGUCUCGGCCGACUUUGAUGACGUGUACGCUUUGGCCAAAUCCAAGGGUGCGUGCGGGAUACCGAUCGAUCGUUAAAGACGAUGUCACUGAUUCGUCACUUUUCUACGUGGAUUUCGAGCACACAGGCCAAUUCCUCCCCACUCGCCGAACAAACGGUGUCUCGACCUCCGAGUUGCUUCAACGAAUCGUCGAAGGUUACAGAGAAGGGUCAGUCAUUAUGAACUGGUCUCUCUAUGAUGAAACAUCUUCCUAACGUUCACAUCCGUUCCCACAGUGAUUACGAUGGGAAGCUGCGCAAGAUCGGUCACCCGGAGCUGUGCUCGAGGCAAGGUUCGGAAGCUGGAACGGGCGGGAGUCAAAUCGCCGAGCACCACCCUUUAAAGGAGGACGUGACGAUGCUGAGCGUGCCUGAGAAUGCCGCUUUGGCGGUCUGA